UUUUUGAUAUUGUUUUGCUCUUACAAACUUGUGAAAAGGCAUUUUAUAACGGAUAGUGAAUUAAUUAAACCAGCACAAUGUUUUACCCAGUUGAAUCUUUAAAGCGUGGAGGAAGAUUUUACCUGUGUUGGGUUGCUGAUUCAUGGCCUCUUCGAUUUGCAACAAUAACUCACAGGCAGUUGUGGUCUCAGGAUAUUCGUAGAAUUUGUGACGAUCUAAUGGAAGUGAUGACGAAUGAGUCUGGACGACCAUCUAACAGAUUCUCGCUUCGCCUCAGCUCUCAGCUAAUGAGAGGUUUGGUAAGACUUUACCAAAGGAAAGUCACCAUUUUCUUGGGUGAUUUGUGCAUGAUAAACGCAAAUGUUACAAAGAAUGUUAACAAAAAAUGGAAUAUCCACGAAGUAACAGAGCAAGUGGUUCAUCGUCCGCUGCCCCAACUGCCCCGGCAGACAUUGAUUAUUACAGAGGAACCUGAAAUUGAACCGAGGGUUGAAGAAAUGAUUCAAAAUAGUGGAAAUAUUGUGGGGAAUAUACAAGAGAUCACACUGAGAGAGACUGCCCUUCCUGAAAUUAUAGCACCAGUGAAUGAUGGUUUCGGCGAAGAAAACCCCGAGCAAGCUCUCCAAAUGCUCCGCGACCAAACGCUAGAGAUGAUGCUGGUGCAAGACGCGUCUGUCGCACAACACAGCGGCUUGGAGCUACUCGACGCGACGACCGACAAGUCGCACGACAAAUCGCGCGGUGUGCACGACGCGCCGCAAAUGGAGCCGAUAUCUGAGCAUGACGUCACUGUUUUUAGAAAAUCUGUUGGUGAUGGACGGAUGACGAUGGAAGCCCUAGAAAAAGAUAUUCCUGAAAUUCCCGAAAUCCAGCUUCCCGAUUUAUCUGGUCCUCCUCCAGAAAAGCAAAUACAACCGGAGGAGCCACAAAUAGAACUGCCGCUAAUACCAGAGCCAGAGAAGGAACCAGAAGAACCUGCUACUAUACAAAGAGAAGUUGUGGAAAUUGAACUAGAGGAGCUUGAAGAGCAGCCCCAAGCCAAGCGUCGUCGCCUGAGGAACAAGCUGAUCAUCGAUAAGAAGAUCAAGCUCAGCGCCGAUUAUCUCAUCACUCGCAUCGAGAACCCGGAGGUCGAGCUGCGAUGCGAAGAUAGCUCGGACGAUAUAGUCCAAAUCCGAGUGCCGGUAGACACGUAUUUCCAUCGGCCAGCGCACGCGGGAGCUUACAUCCACGGACAGAUCGCACUACCGCUCACGAGGCUCUUUCAGAGAAGCCUCGGCGUGUUUAGACCGGCUGCGGACGACAGGGAAAUGGAGGAACCCGUAACGGAAAGAUCUCGCCGAGUUCUCACUAGAUCCGGCCUCGAAAGGAUCGAAGAAGAAGCAGAAAUUCCGCCACUAAACAAAACCACAGCCCAAAUUGACCAGCCAGUCCCCGAACUAGAAAUGACUCGAGAGAAUCUCAACGCAGCAGAGCUACUAAACGUGGAGGAACAACCGAACGUAACGAUUCCGAACCCGGAAGACAUAGCUGACUUGCCCACACAGAAGUUAGAGCUGCUCUCCCAAUCCAGGAAACGAACAAGCGAAUAUGAUGUUUCACCCAAAAGACAAAGGCUCAUGGGUUACGUCUCGUUCCGGCAAAGUCAACAGAUGGCUAUCGAAGCAGUGCCUGAUGUUGAAGCAGACAAAGAAAACAUACCGUCCGCGGCUAACAUACAAUCACCUACCAUCGUCCCUCCGCGCUCUCCCGAGACCAUUCUCGUUGCUAUCCCAACCGCCCCUUCACAAUCUCCCGAGAGAAGCCUUGCUGUGAUGUUGCAAGAGGCAGGCCUGGCCGACCUGCCGGGCCCGAAGCCCGCCGAGGACACCCAGCGAAGCACACGCGAGGCUAGACACGGCAGCGACAGCUCCGAAACACAGCUGGGGAGCUUGGAUAGGACUAAGGUGUCUUUGGGAGACUCCGACCAGACUACGGACUCGAGGAGAUUUAUACGCGAGCAAUGGGGCACAGAAGGCACGAUGGUCAAGAUCCUCGGCGGUCUUAAGGCGCGGCGCACUCCGCUCACAGUCCGAAGUCUGGUCCGCGCGGGCCCGUCGCUGGCCGGCCACGGCGCUGUCAUCGCUGCACGCUGCUUCACCUCUAUACUCAAAUUGAAACAGCAUGGGUUCAUAAGAAUAAAUAAAGACCCUGAAACUUUAGAAAUAAGAGAUAUCCUAUUAGGACCUAAGUUUGAUCAAGUAAAAUGAAUUUUGCAACUUUCGUUUACUUUUAAUACUAGUGAUAUAAUUUGAUACAUACUUAUUUUCUGUACGU